AUGAUAAAGGACUGCAUUGAGUUCUCUAAAGGGUGCCAAGAGUGUCAGAUACAUGCAGACAUUCAACAUGUUCCUACUAGCGAACUACAUUCCAUAGUAAAGCCUUGGCCCUUUAGAGGUUGGGCAUUAGAUUUGGUUGGUGAAAUUCUACCAGCCUCAUCCAAAGGUCAAAGGUACAUUUUAGUGGGUAUUGAUUACUUUACUAAAUGGAUCAAAGUCAUACCUUUGGUGAACGUUGAUCAAGAAGUAGUGAUUGAAUUCAUCCAAAGGCACAUAAUUUAUAGGUUUGGAAUCCCUGGAGCCAUUACAACUGAUCAAGGAUCAGUUUUCUCUGGUCGAAAGAUACAAGAAUUUUCUAAAGAAAUAGGGAUUAAACUGCUAUCGUUUAUGCCUUAUUAUGCCCAGGUGAAUGGUCAAGUCGAAGCAGCAAACAAGGUAGUGAUUGGGUUAAUAAAGAAGCAUGUGGGGAAAAAGCCAAAGAAUUGGCAUAAGAAUUUAGAUCAAAUUCUUUGGGCUUGUCGAACGUAUCCCAAGGAAGCCAUGAAUGCUACGCCUUUUCGUUUGACUUAUGGGCAUGAUGCAGUUUUACCAGUCGAAAUCUGUCUUUAA